AUGUCUUUCUCGAGCAAAAAAGGUCCUCUGAGUAGUCAUCUCGAAGAAGCUGUGAUGGAGAGUGCCUCGGAGACGAAGACAAGAAAGGUGCGAAGAGGAACCCGCAGUUGCUGGGAGUGCAGGCGAAGCAAGAUGAAGUGCACCUUUGCGUUAUCCACAGAUAAGGCCUGUACUCGCUGUCAGCGCCGCGGGGCUAAAUGUGUCAGUCAAGAGUUUCCGGAGCAGGUCUCUUCUUCUAUGGACAGAAGUCUUCAGAUGGGUGAUCGUAUCGUAAGAGUCGAGGCUUUGGUGGAACAGCUUCUUGCGCAAGGAUCUAAAGAGUCAGGUUCCGGAUAUCCAUCGGCUCAAAAGAGUAAUGACACCGUUGGUAUGAGUAUUUUGAGCGAUAACUCUCAGCCUGAGAUAUCAUCAGCUGAGAAAGCCCCGGGAGGCCAAAAAGAUAUGAAGAAAAUAUCACAGAGUCUAUACGAUGCUUUGCCAAUUUCUCGCGACAUUGAGAUGAUCAUCAAAGGGAACGGUAACACGUCGACCUUCUUUUAUCAAAUGCUCGUUACACCAUAUGACCGUCUUGACAGAAACAAGACUCUGGAGGAUGUAUUCAGCAUACCAUCUCCGAGAGCCCAUCCCGUUCUGAUAGCAAGACUCAUGCUCCACAUUUUUUAUGGGGAAAUAGAAGGGUUGUCGGAGGCUCCUCAAGAUAUGAAGAACCGACUCGUGGACGUUGCUUUAACUUUCAUCUCGGCAAACGACGAGCUCAUAAGCUGCGUUGAAGGUUUAGAUGCCUUGAUGGUAGGGAGCUGGUACCAAGCUAAUGAUGGAAGACUGAGAAAGGGCCUUAUAACCAUCAGGAGAGCCAUGACCAUUGCGCAACUCAUGGGCUUUCACCGAUCAGGAAGUCUGGCCAAGUGCGAUGCUGUUGAUGAGAAAACGAGAGCAUACCCGGAAGUGAUCUGGUUUCGCAUUCUAUCCAUUGAGCGAUACAUCUGCCUGAUGCUAGGCCUUCCACAAGCUAGCUUGGACAAAAGCAUGGCUUCGGAUUCCGUACUCGCCAAAGACACGCCAAUGAGCCGCCUCGACCGAAUCCACUGCGCGAUAACAUCUCGAGUCCUGGAACGAAAUCAAUCAGAUCCAAGUCCUCAGGAUUACACUCUAACUCGGGAAUUGGAUGGAGAGCUCCAAAAGGCAGCAGCAUACCUUCCAUCCAGGUGGUGGCUCAUACCGAAUCUUGCAAAUACUGCAGCUGAUCCGGAGGGGAUGUUUUGGGACAUGCGACGGAUAUUUCACCAGCUGUUCCACUACAACCUUCUCAUUCAUAUUCAUCUGCCUUACAUUCUGUGCCCUUCCGCGGAUGGCCAAAAACACGAAUAUUCUAGAAUAACUUGUGUCAACGCGGCUCGCGAGGUGCUUUCUCGCUUUCUCAUGUUCCAAAGCUUCAACCGGAUCGCAUUUUGCUGCCGAACGGUGAACUACUUCUGCUUGGCAGCGGCUAUGACCCUACUACUUGCCCAUAUCGAUGGACGGAAGCGCUCGCCCGCCUUCAACCAUGCACAAGGGCUAGGUCAGCAAAUGUCGAUAGCUGAGAGCCUGUUGGCACAUCAGCGACCUAGUGACCGUGCUCUAGUCGAGCAGGCACAAGAAAGCAUGGAGGAAAUUAGCCGACUCUAUGGAGAUGCACUGAGUGUACAGACUGCUGAUUUGUUACGGCGACUAAUGGAGGUUGAGUCUGAAGUAGCUUCGGGUCAGUCAUGUCGAGUUGAAGGCUCCGACCAGAAGCCCCCUGGAGACAACGAAAUGAGAACUACAGAUAACGGUGGCGUGUUACAAAUCUCGAUGCCUCACUUCGGCUCCAUCAACAUCACUCGCGAGGGCGUUGUAUCGAAGGAUAGUCAAAGAAUUCCAAAAAGCCAAGCCCAAUCGAUGCAUGGGGCCAAGCGCAAUAUCCCAUUCGAUCCAGAAAUGGGCAAUAAGAUGCCCAAAAAGGCCAUGGACCGGGAAACCACCCAAUCUUUUACGAAGAGAACAGACUCUCUCUCGCGGGAUAUUCCAGCAUCAACAUCUACAGAUCCAGCCGAUUUUCCAGCUCAAGGGCAUCAGGCAUUUAACGACAUUUCUCAGGUGCCCUUGCAGGAGGUUGAAAACAAUGUGAAUAUUUGGGGAGUUGAUGAGUGGGCCUUUGAGGGCAUUGACUUGGCCUUUUUUGAUACGCUAAUGAGAGGCGCUGGCGAGGAUACGACGGACUGGCCGGCAUGGAUGAACGACUCCUAG